AUGCGAGGCGAAAACGGGAGCGGGCUCGUACGAAAUGGCUGUCACGAAAAACCGGAGCUCCGGAUUAAGCGAGGCCCCUGGAUCAACAUUGCAUAAAGGGGCGAAUGUGGCUGACGUAGACGAGGGCUUUCCCUCAGGAUUUUCGCUACCCCCUUUUCUGGCUGCAGGCCUCACCUUCAGUCUCGUGCUUCUGGGCAUCGUCGCCUAUUUCAGCUACAGGUGGCUGGUUCAGCGUCUCCAGGCCUCCACCAAACCUAGCGCCGAGCAAACAGACCCCGAGCAGGCUUCAUCAAGCAGCCAACCACAGCAACAAAAACCAAACGAUUGCAAACUACCCUCUAUAGAAGAAAAAGAUGAUUCGACACCUGCUGAGGAAGGAACAGAACCACCGAAAUCACCUACAGGCAGUACGACAGCAUCCGUGAAGAUCAGUCAUAGUUUGCCGGACAUCAAAGAAGAAGUGAGCAAUGAAUGGACAGAAACGAAUCGAAAGGUCGCACCGCCCCGACAGACGACGCUGCCCACUGUCCCCACUAGGCACCAAACAUUCCAAAGACAACUUUCCCAUAGGUUGGAUUUGUCGGACGUUCCCUUUGAAGUAUGCAACAUCUCUCAGAGGGACAGCCAGUCUAUCGGCCGUAUCCGUCCGGAGCUCUACCAGCAGGACGUGAUGCGGCAAUGGUCAGCAGACAGUGGCACGGACCUCCUGGGCGACGGUACCGAACAGGGAGCAUCCUGUGGUAAACUCACCUUCACCCUGAGAUACGAUCACGACGUAGAAGGACUCAUCGUCAAGAUACUUAUGGCUCGAGAUCUACCAGCAAAGGACUUUUCUGGAACAUCGGAUCCCUAUAUAAAGCUCUACUUGUUGCCAGAUCGGAAAAAGAAGUUUCAAACAAGGGUUCACAGGCGCAAUCUGAAUCCGAUGUUCAAUGAGACAUUCGUGUUCGGUGUUCCCUACGAGCAGCUCCGAUCUCGAACCAUCCAGUUCUCCGUGUACGAUUUUGACCGCUUCUCCAGACACGAUCUCAUUGGGCAGGUGCUGGUUAGAAACCUGCAAGAUCUCUGCGACAUUACUCACGACGUCGAAUACACGAUGGACAUUCUCGGUGUGCCCCAGGAGAAAGUCGAUCUGGGAGAAGUGAUGCUGUCGCUGUGUUACUUGCCAACGGCUGGUCGCCUCACUGUGACCAUCAUAAAAGCGAGGAAUCUCAAGGUCAUGGAUAUUACUGGAUCCUCAGAUCCAUACGUGAAGGUCUCUUUGAUGUGCCAAGGCAAGCGUGUCAAGAAAAAGAAGACAUCUGUCAAAAAGUCGACUUUGAAUCCGGUCUAUAACGAAGCCCUCGUCUUCGAUGUCCCCGCCGAGAACAUUGAGGAUGUCACUUUAGUCGUCAAAGUGAUCGAUUACGACAGGGUUGGCGCCAAUGAGGUGAUGGGAGUCUUCGCAAUCGGCAGCAGCUGUAUCGGACUCGGUCGUGACCACUGGAUCGAAAUGCUGGACAACCCCCGGAAACCUGUCGCCCAGUGGUAUACCCUUCAAGAGUCCCUGUCUGGCUUGACAGUGGAUAAUUCCACGAUGGCCAAAUCCUCGCCCAUCAAAUGCAUCAGUAUGAGAUGACUGUGAGGUCGUGGAACACCUGUUCCAUCUGCUUCGUCAACUGGCCUUUGAUAGGGCAUUUGUGAUUACAAGCUCGUCAUUGAUUGGUCCCCUAAGUGAAGACGCUUAACCAAUGGAGAUCAUCAUCACCAACACCGACGUUGUAACAUUUGCUUCAUGUUGCCUCACCACACCCUCUUCAUACCUCCUGGAGAUUCACUUGGUUCAUUCAUUCUUGUCAAUUUGUUCCACCCCUUUGUCUUUCAGUUAAAAGACUGGUAUGUUAAUGUCUCAUGCUGAAUGCGCAAGGAGCUUAAAUUGUAUAUUUUUGUUGUCAAUAUCCAUGCAUAUAUAAUCGUUUGAAAGAACAUACUGAUUAACUCAAAGAGUAAUUCUCGUGUGUAAUAUUUAUUAAGAUUUUGCAAUAUAUUUCCUAGACUUCAUUCGUAAAACGCAUCUUUAAAUUAACUGAAGUAUGUAUUGAAAAUCUUAAUAUAAAAUACUGUUCAGAUUGUUCAUUAGUAUGAUUUUAAUUGCGUGAAAAAAUAGUAUUUUUCCCUAUUAUCUGAUUAAUAACUGUUGUCUGGUUAUCUUGAAUUAUUUAAUUAACUUUAAUCAAUUUUUAAUCAUAUCCUUGUCUAUAUUAACUAUGAAGGAAAAUUUUUGUUCUUUCCAUUAUCCAUUGUAAUACAAUUAUUGUUCCUUCCUUUCAGAUUUUUAAAAAAAAUCUAAAUUGGUUAAAAAUUUAUAUCAAAACAACUAAUUAUUUACCCUCUUUUCUCAGCUAAUUGAAAAGGAUAAAACUUGGCAUGAUGCCAAAAACUGAUACGUAAAAUUAGAUUACAUUCUUGUUUAAAAUUAGAAUACAUUCGAACAUAUUCUUGUUUCA